AGAAGACAAAACCUCACAUCGAUCCUUCUAUCAGACUCUAAACCAAUCCUUCUCCCGUUCACCCUGUAACCCCAAAAUUCCGCGUAGAGAGACUUGAGAGCAUAGUCCCUAAUCCGAUCUCUGACUUCCCCGAUAUGGCUGGCAAGAUAUUCCUCGAGGUGGAACCUCCAAGCCCAAUCAGAUACUUAAUGGGAGCCGCCGUUAUGAUGAUCGGAGUCGUAUUGCCCGUCGGUUAUAUGAUGUUCCGAAACAAGCGCGUUCCCUCGUCUUCUUCCUACUCCAAACAGACGUAGGGAUAAGGUUCUGAUAUAGAGACGUAAUCACAUGAGAGAGCUGCGGUUUACUGGAUCUGGAUUUGGCAGGUUAUGUUUGAACUUGAUUCAUAGAAGACUUAACCAGAUUCAAAAAUAGUUCAAUUGUAAAUGCAAUGAGAUCCUGUAUCUUGUUAGUGGGUUGUUCUCCAAGUUCUGAACUCCGAGAUCGAGAAAUUAUAUGAUUGGGAAUGAUUGCAUUCCAUUUUUUGUCCCGGAUCUUAAUCUCGUGUAUCUCACUGAUAUUGAUUAGUGGUGCGGGAAUAUUACAACAUGAAAUGUCUGUUCUUUUACGUUUUUAUCAUGAAAGGAAGCAGAAAGAUCUGACUCUUGUUAAUUGGCACUCA